ACAGGCAAUUUCUCAUCUGCGAUCACAGAACAGAAGAUGGGGAUUAUACUGUACCUUUGCCACAGCUGUUCCCCUGAUGCUGGAGCAGGUACUCCUGUACACAGAUUAAGGAGAGAUUAUACGAUGCCAUGUGGUUUAAAUGAAGUCUUUGGAGAAAAGGUGCCAUGCAGUCGAUCCGAAGGGGCAUCUCCUGCCCGCCUCAGGACCCCAACUGCACCCGCAUUGUGGAGAGCCUGUCUGUGUGGAACGAGUCCGUGGUGAAUGCCUACAAGCUGGUGGAGCUGCCGCCCCUCGCCACAACAGUGGCUGUGGUGCAGGAGGCAUCACACCUCUUCCCCACGGUGGACGUGCCGGACCAUGCCCACUACACCAUUGGAGCUGUCAUUCUUGCUGUGGGCAUCACAGGACUGUUGGGCAACUUCCUGGUGAUCUAUGCCUUCAGCAGGAGUAGGAGCCUGAGGACACCAGCCAACAUUUUCAUCAUCAACCUGGCCAUCACAGACUUCCUCAUGUGCCUCACGCAGGCCCCUGUCUUCUUCACAACCAGCAUGCACAAGAGGUGGAUCUUUGGCGAAAAAGGCUGCGAGCUGUACGCCUUCUGCGGCGCUCUGUUCGGAAUCUGCUCCAUGAUCACGCUCACGGUGAUCGCGGUGGACCGCUACUUUGUCAUCACGCGCCCACUGGCCUCCAUCGGAGUGAUGUCCCGGAGGCGCGCUCUGCUCAUCCUCUCCGCGGUGUGGACGUACUCACUGGGCUGGAGCCUGCCCCCUUUCUUCGGCUGGAGCGCCUACGUCCCCGAAGGCCUCCUCACCUCCUGCACUUGGGACUACAUGACCUUUACCCCCUCGGUGCGAGCCUACACCAUGCUGCUCUUCACAUUCGUCUUCUUCAUCCCACUGCUCAUCAUCAUCUACUGCUACGUCUUCAUCUUCCGAGCCAUCCGCGCCACCAACAAGGCUGUUAGCAAGAUCAACAGUGACGACAGCAAGCAGUCUCUGAAGAAGUACCAGCGGCUGAAGAACGAGUGGAAGAUGGCUAAGAUUGCUCUCAUCGUGAUCCUCCUCUAUGUCCUCUCCUGGUCUCCCUACUCUACUGUGGCCCUCACAGCCUUCGCAGGGUACUCAGAUGUCCUCACCCCCUACAUGAACUCCGUGCCAGCUGUGAUCGCCAAAGCCUCAGCCAUCCACAACCCCAUCAUCUAUGCCAUCACACACCCCAAGUACAGGUCAGCUAUCGCUAAGUAUAUCCCCUGCCUUGGUGUCCUGCUGCGAGUCCCCCGAAAGGACUCCCGCUACUCCAGCAGCUUCCAGUCCACCCGACGCUCUACUGUCACCAGCCAGUCCUCCGAGAUUAGCUCUGCCUACCACCACGGCGGCAAGUCCCGCCUCUCCUCCGCCUCCGACAGCGAGUCUGGCUGGACAGACACUGAGGCAGAACUAUCUAGCAUUAACUCGCGCCCAGCCAGCCGUCAGGUCUCCUGUGAGAUCAGUAAGGACACAGCAGAGGUGGGCAACUAUAAGACCAAAUCCAAGCUGAAGAGUCAUGACUCUGGUGUCUUCGAGAAGACAUCUGUGGAUGCUGACGACAUCUCAAUGGCUGAAGUGAACCUGUCCGAGCGCAGCUCUCCCCCCACUGCAGGUGAGGUCUCAGAUGGUGCCGGACUAAAGGGAAUUUCUGGGCGGAUACCUAGCAUCGUCAUCACUUCAGAGACCAGCCCCAACUUCCCGCCUGCCCUCAGAGCCAGCGGGCGCUCCUCUCGAGUCCGAACAGGCAAUAGCAGUGUGGGGGCAGCCUCUAUUACUGUGGAUCCACUGGGAGGGCCACUCCAGGUGUCAGUGCACACCUCCCCCUCUCACAAAACUCCUGGGCUAAGUGACAGCAGCUGAGCACCCACUCUGCAUUUCUUUUAAUGGAGAAUUUAAUUUUUAUAUUUAAUAACUUGAAGUGUGUCAGCAAAUGUGAAAAGCAUGCUCUUUUUACACAGCUCUAGCUGCCUGUAUAGUGCCAGCAACAGGUUCUUGUACAAUCUUUGAUUUGAUUGGUUCUUGUAUAAUAAUUUAUGCAAGGAUCUAAAUAGCCACAUCCCUUUAAAUUGAGAGGGGCAUGCUACCAUGACUGAAGACUGGCUGGUUUAGUUAUUUCUGCUUGUUCAGAAGCUUAUUUUGCUGAAUGUCCUUUGGACCUCAGUGAUAAACCAUCUUUAGCAUGAGGGAAGCUAAACAAUUCUUCCCUUAGUCUGGAUUAAAAUCAGUUAAAUUGAGCCCUGUUUGGAUCCACAGUGGUUUAAUUUAGGUGCUGUAGCCCAGAAUCAUAACAGCCUUUCUUGGUUGGCAGCCAAGGGAAGGGAAGCCAGGGUUGACAGCCAGGGAAGCUGGUAUAGCAUCCAGCUUCAGGCACAGCCACUCCCAGUUCUAUAAAUGGGCCAAUCUCUCAAUUAGCAGGAAGGUUAGACAUUGCACUUCGCAUAAAGCACAUGAUGCUCUCUCAAUUCAAUUCAGUGCAGCGUAAAGGCAAGGAGAAAGCUGACAAGUGAACCGGCCAUCUCAGGAGUAUGUGGCAGCUGUCACUUGGCAUUGACUUUAAUUUAAGGAAACAUCAGGAAUCUCUCCAUCUGGUACCAGCAGAGGCCUUACUUAAUGUAGCACAUACAUCAGUACAAUGCACAGAGAAAAGCUCCAGCUACAUACUGUACAUGUUUCUAGUCCCCCUCACUGAGAUAUACUGUACAUUCACUGUCAUUAUGCUGUCACCAUACUGUUAACAUGCUGCCCCUCACUAAGAACAUGACAUGGCCAAAGCCCUGGCUUGAUAAAGUCCACCAUAAUGCAAGGCCCUGCCACACGAGCAUGAGCAGCCUUGACAUUAGAGAUACUGUAACAAGCACAAAAGAGAGCAGUGCAUGGCAAUUUGAUCUUAUUAGGUAAUGCAGAGCCUGAAACGGGUGCAAUCACACCCAGAAGGCUAUUAGUUACUGUAUAUUCCAGGGUGAGAAAAUGGGACAACUGGAUAAUAUAACUAAUUAUUUUCUUGGGAAUAGGGUAUGUACCCAAAUACAUCAGGGCUGUAUUUUCUGUUUGUUCUGUGUGUAUUGCAGCACUUAAAAUGUUAAAAUAAUCCCAAAAACCACAGGUACGAGCUGAAUACAAAAUGAGGAAAGUUGAACAUUAAAUUGAUUCAAGCUAUUGAAAGUCAAAGUAGAAUUUUGUUCCAUCAUAACUGACUUUGAAUGGGACUUCAGGUGACCAGAGACCUGUCUGUAAGUAUUGAGUGGCUAUUGUCCAUAUGGGUCUCCUGACCGACGGUCACGGGUUCGAGGGUGGAAUUAGCUUUUUGGCUCUCAGAGAUGUAGUGCUGGCAGUGAGGGGUGUGCCUCUCUUCCAGGUGGUGCAAGGCCUGUUGCCUGUGACAUGUUGAAAGAUGACUGUCUGGAAGGUACAGUAGCCAUGACAUUAUCUCAAGCUGAGGAGUGAAAAAACAUACACUGGCUUUUCCAGAUUGGGUGGGUCUAAAUAAAUGAAUAAAUAAUAUAUAUAUAUCGAUUAGACUCAUGAUAAGUCCCUGGGCCAUGGAAGUGCAGUAUCUACUAAUUAGUAUCAUAUUCUGGAAAGUAUUUUUUUUUCAAAAAGGUUUAAUUGCUUUAAGACUUUAUGUAAAAUGUAUAAAAAGUGACAUUUAACAAUGUUGUAUUAUAUGUGACGCAAAUUUUCUUCAAUAUUACUACCUACAUGUUCAAGCAACCUCCUUACAGUUGCAGAGAUGUUGCAACCCUGUAUCUAAAAGAAGCUAAUUCGCUAGUCUGCGAAUUGUGUACUGUAAAUGUGUUGUGACAGUAUACUGAUGUGUCGGUGAUCCUCUUCUAAGUCCACUGAACACUCAUUGAUGAGAACAAGUGGCUGUGAAAAGACUCUAUUGAAUGAAUUUCUGACAGCUAUGUAGUUUUGAAUGUUCAUGUAGACUCACAUUGUGAUUCAGACGAAAAUGUUUCGAUUGCCUGUGUAGCUCAGGUGACCUGCUGUUAGAUGUUUCUUUUACCCACCCAGUGGGUAACUUUAAAGGACUUUGUUGAGAAAGUAGAAAUACAUUUUCAUUGUAAAGCCUUCUGUAUGGUUUAUUGUGUAAAGGCAAAAUAUUUUUAAAAAUAAUUGUGCUAACAGAAAAGGACUGGACAUUAAUCUUUUAAGGCAUACAUUCACAUUAGCAUGGCUGAAUUUUAUUUCCCUGAAAUUACAGGUUUCUACAUUGCAAUUUAAUAUACAGUAU